UGAGUUCGGGAGUUGCUGGGGAGUGAGGCAGUCUGGCGAUGACACGUCCCUUUUGCUCCCCGGAGCCGCAUUGGCAUCAGCGCUGGCGGAGGCGAACCAGCUCUGGCAGUCGUGCGGUCAGAGAAGCAAAAUAAAACGAAAAGGCGAGGCUGCGUGAUUUUCAUUGUCUCCCUCUAAACUGGCCGUAGACCGAGGUUGAUAAUCGGUCCCCAAGAAGAUGCAGGAACUGCUCUUAUAAAUGUCUCCUUGACGGUGACAUGUACCAGAGAAGAGGGAUCUUCAGCAAGAAUUGGAGAUAACGACAUCCACGGACUGCGCUUUUCGGGAGCGCAUCUCCCGCACAGAAAAGUAAAGUCAUUUAUAAGAGGGGUCACUGCUCGAUUCAAUAAUGGCAACCCUGAUCCGUAGCAAAAUAUCAAGUGCCGCCACAUCGGUGACCAACAAGUCCCAGGCGAAGGUAAGUGGCAUGUUCGCUCGCAUGGGAUUUCAGGCGGCCACGGACGAAGAAGCGCUCGGCUUUGCAUCUUGCGAUGAUCUGGACUACGAGCACCGGCAGGGGCUACAGAUGGACAUCCUUAAGACCGAAGACGGGGGAGCCGACGGCGUCGGGGAAACCGACGUGGAAGGGGACAGCCAUUAUCAGAGGGACGGAACGGGACCGCCGCCCUACACCUCUAAAGAUGAUGGGAUGUGCGCCGAACUGGGCGGCCAAGACAGGCCCAGAAUCACAGCCUGGGAGGCGGGCUGGAACGUGACCAACGCCAUCCAGGGGAUGUUUGUUCUAGGGUUACCCUAUGCCAUCCUUCACGGUGGAUACCUUGGACUCUUUCUUAUCAUUUUUGCUGCAGUGGUUUGCUGCUAUACUGGGAAAAUCCUUAUUGCAUGUCUCUACGAAGAAAACGAAGAUGGCGAGCUGGUGCGUGUGAGGGACUCCUAUGUGGAUAUUGCCAAUGCUUGCUGUACACCAAGAUUCCCCAAGCUAGGGGGCAGGAUUGUAAAUGUAGCUCAAAUUAUUGAACUAGUGAUGACCUGCAUUUUAUAUGUGGUAGUCAGUGGUAACCUGAUGUACAACAGUUUUCCUAGCCUUCCAGUUUCACAAAAGUCCUGGUCAAUCAUUGCUACUGCUGCUCUCCUCCCUUGUGCGUUCCUGAAAAAUCUCAAAGCUGUCUCCAAAUUUAGCUUGCUGUGUACAUUGGCACACUUUGUUAUCAACAUCUUGGUGAUUGCCUAUUGCCUUUCCAGGGCCAGGGACUGGGCCUGGGACAAGGUCAAAUUUUACAUUGAUGUCAAGAAGUUUCCCAUUUCCAUUGGGAUCAUCGUUUUUAGCUACACCUCACAGAUUUUUCUGCCUUCGUUGGAAGGCAACAUGCAGAAGCCAAAGGAGUUCCACUGCAUGAUGAACUGGACUCAUAUUGCAGCUUGCAUUCUGAAGGGACUUUUUGCCUUAGUGGCUUAUUUAACAUGGGCUGAUGAAACCAAGGAAGUCAUAACAGACAACUUGCCAUCUACCAUUAGAGCUGUGGUCAAUAUCUUUCUUGUAGCCAAAGCUCUGCUCUCUUAUCCAUUGCCCUUCUUUGCUGCAGUGGAAGUUAUAGAAAAAUCCCUUUUCCAAGAUGGAGGCAGAGCUAUAUUUCCCAAUUGUUAUGGGGGGGAUGGAAGAUUGAAAGCUUGGGGUCUCACUCUCAGGUGUGCCCUUGUAGUCUUCACUUUACUGAUGGCCAUUUAUGUGCCACACUUUGCCCUUCUGAUGGGCCUCACUGGCAGUCUCACAGGUGCUGGCCUUUGUUUUCUGCUGCCCAGUCUCUUCCAUCUCAAACUACUGUGGAGAAAGCUUCUGUGGCACCAGGUAUUUUUCGAUGUUUCCAUAUUUGUAAUAGGAGGGAUAUGUAGUAUUUCUGGCUUCAUUCACUCUCUAGAAGGGCUUAUAGAAGCUUUCAAAUAUAACAUUCAAGACUAAAUGGAAACUGGAUGCAAACAGCGUUAAACACCAAAUGUGCACAUCCAGCUGAAAAUGGCAACCUCCAUAAAAUGAAGGCAUUCAAGUUGUGUACAGUGCAAUUUUGAGACAAAAGAAAAACUUAAGAAUGAGUUACAUUACCCAGCAGAAACAAACAGAAACUAAUGAGUGUUUUCUUUUCUAUUUUCCUUAUCAGUUGCAUUCCAAUAUAUAAAUAUAUAUAAAUAUAUAAUAUACUGUAUAUGUCCUUCAUAGCAUAUGCAUCCAAUAUCUAACACCAAGAUGACACAGAGAGCUGUAAUGGAUUUCUGGAAGGCCUUGACCGGCUGUGUUUAUACAUAUCACAAUGUUAUAAAGGACCUGCAACACAAAUUCAAAUCGGUGUGUGUGAAAGGCUUAACUCUGUAAUCUUGGGUAGUUUCAGUUCAGAGAAAUCGGUCUGGAAUACGUCGGCUUUUAGAUCAUAUGGAGGAAUGAAAUAUGCAAGCCUUGCUGAGCUUUUUACAGUUUUAAUAUUUCAUCAAGUUUAGACAUGAUUAGCAUCCAGCCCUCUGCAUGGAAAUGAUUUAUAUUUGGCAAAAGAAUAGUAAGAAAACUAAACAAACAUGCAAUAGUUAAAAGCUAGGUUUUAACAGUAGGGAUUUCCUAAAGGAAAUGUAGAGCAGAUAAAAAACUACACAUUUUCCGUGUAUAAAGGACAUAAUAAUGCUGCUUAACUGAUCAGUUUAGAUCGGCCAUGGUUUGAAAGGUAGUUGUUUUAUUUUCCAUACAUGGAAAAAGAUCGACAGACAUUUUAUAUGAUUGGAAUGCUCAUCGGCAGGCACAGCUGACAACUAGUGCAGUAACUAUACCCCAAUGUUAGACAUAAAUAUACUCCACGAUUCUUGGUUCAAGUCCUUCGAUGUGAGAUUACAAGCCCGCUGUCACAGCCGUGUUUCACGUCUCCUAAAAUGUCCGGAAGUCGGCAGCUCGCGGGGACUGCGGCUACUCCUUGCGAUGCCCCUCCCACUCCAUCUCGCCUCGCUGCCGCUGGCCCUCCAGGUCAGUCGAACAUUUGACCAACCAGAGAGACGGAUCACUUCUGAACUGAACAGGUGGACUUACUUUGAAGUUUUAGGUACGAAUCGAUUAUCUCCAUCUUGCUCUUGUUAGGAUACGAUACAGUGGUCAUCGUGCAUCAACAUUCGCUGCGACGCUUCUCUUUUACCCUUGCUUCCCAGAUUAGUAUAAAGACAGCCAGGCAUGGAAAUUAGAAAGGGGUUAGAGAGCUUUUUUUUUUAACUUCCCGAAAGAAGAAACAGGAAUGACUAGAAAAUACAGCCAAAGCUAGGAAGGCUAUGAAAGGAUGCGGAAAAAUAGUUUACAGAAUAUUCUGGCCUAAAGUAAUAUACUAAUCAACAUUAAAGAAGCUUCCAAUUUAAAAUACCGCUGUGGAGUGAAGUUCCUCAUUGGGCAGAUUACUCUUCCCAUUCAUUGGUCUUUAUUUUUGCAUUUAUUUUGCCUUCUGCAAAUGUAUAAAACUCAACAACCUUUCUUAUUUCAGUCCAAUGUUGAUUUUUUUUUCCAAAAAAGUGAGAUGACUUUCAUUUUGUGCAAUCUACCGGGUCUGUGGAAGUGUUUUAAAAAAACGUAUGUGUGAUGUUAUUGUGGUUUCAAAAAGAUGGAAUGUAUAUCUCAGAGUAUCUUUAAACAUUUAUCGUGGAAAAUAAAUAUAUCAAAAAAUAAAGAAAAGCAAACACAA